AAGCCGGAAACGAUUGGAGAUGUCACUCUCGACUGCAAAUACAGACGGCAAAUCUGAAAGCAGGCAAAUAAACCUACGUCACACGAUGCUACGUCGACGAAUGAGUAUAAUGCAGAAUCUCGAAAAACGCCACAAAUAAUGGAUAUAGAAGGUGCGUUCCGGGUGGUCGGGGAGUUCGGUUCGUACCAGAAACGGGCGGUGGCGCUGCUCGCCCUGACGCAGGUGUACAUGGCCUUUCAGUCCAUGCUGAUUGUGUUGGUGGGAGCAACACCGUCCUACCGUGUAGAGGAGGAGCACAUCAUCUUCACGGAGAAAAUGGACUCCAUAGUAACAGAGUGGUUUUUGGUUAAACAUGAAUCCUACAAAGUGGGCCUGGCUGGAUCCCUGUUCUUCGCUGGCCUUCUGGUUGGGAACGUUGUCUUCGGUCCGCUUUCUGACAAAAUUGGCAGGAGACCCAUCUACCUCACAGGUCUGUUUUUUGAGGUGAUCUUUGGUUACGUGACAGCAUUCGCGCCCAGUUACGAGGUCUUCGCUGUGUCUCGACUCCUAGUUGGACUGAUGAACGGAGGCAUCGGUCUGGUCGGCUUCGUUCUGACUCAGGAAUAUGUGGGGAAAUCCUACUGGGCCAUGACAGGGACAUUGAUCAGUAUGUCCUUUGCCAUUGGCAUCGCUCUGUUUGGAGCUCUGGGAUACUACAUCCAACCGUGGAGGAACCUGGCAUCUGCUGCCAACACAACCGGAGUCAUCUUCUUUCUGUUUUCAGUCUUCUUGCCUGAAUCUCCUAGAUGGCUUUACUCUCAGGGUCAGACAGUGCGAGCUGAAGAGGUGAUGUGCUACAUCGCCCAGAGAAAUGGAAACACAGCGAAGAACCUGACACUACAGCGAGUGGCUGCACCAAAGACCGGUCCAUCAGACAGGAAAGGUGCUGGAGUCCUGCAGCUCGUGGUGCAUCCAGUGCUGCGCCUCAGGACCAUGGUGCUCAUGUAUGUGUGGUAUGCCUGCAGUCUGGUGUACUACGGUCUGACUCUUGGGGCCAGUGAAACAUCUGGGAACCGUUAUGUUAACGUUGCCAUGUAUGGUCUGGUGGAGCUGCCUGCCUAUCCACUGUGUAUAUACUUCAUUAACAAACACUGGGCUGGCAGGAGGAAGAGCAUGGCCAGCUUCUUAUGCCUGGCUGGCUCUGCCUGUCUCUGUACAAUAUUAGUCCCUGAAAACACAGGAACUCUAGUGAGCGUCACAUCGUUGGCCCUGUUGGGAAAACUCAUGGUCAGUGCAGCGUUCAACAUCGCCUACGUCUACACGUCAGAGCUAUAUCCAACAGUCAUCAGGAAUGCCGGCCUGGGGGUUUGUUCAAUGUCAUGCAGAGUAGGAGGAAUCCUCGCUCCCUUUGUUCCCUCUAUGCGUGCACUCCACACCUCCAUGCCCUUCGUGGUCUUCUGUCUGAGUGGUCUGUCUGCAGGCUGCCUUGGCCUUCUGCUGCCGGAAACCCUUAAUGGACCCACUGCAGAAACUCUGGAGGACCUGACCUCAACACGCAGCCGUGUGCUGGAGAGCAAGCCUCUUUUGUACCAGGACGACAAACAGAUAUCCAACUCCAAAGAAUGAAACUAGUGGAUCGUCCAAGCAUUCAAGAAUCAUAAAUCGUCCCAAAAGCAUACAGAAAGGGGUCAAGGACACAGAGGACAGCCAGUCCUAAAUGGGACAUGCCUUACAAACUCUUAAAGAGACAACAGGAGGGAACAGAGACUUCUGUUAGCCACCAGAUGGCGUUUUCAUACAUCGUACUGAAAGUGCUGGAAGAAGGGUCACUUUGUCAGUGCCCCUUUCAGCUGAGAAGACUUUUGAGACAAAAAUAUCAGGUCCAUCAUGUGCAGUCAAUCACCAAUCGCCAACAUAAAUGUAAAACCUCGAAUGCCAAUCACACGUUGUCCACACAGGCAGCUAUAUCUAAGACAGUAACCACUGUGUUACACACUGCCUGCAUCAGAGGGCGCUAAAAGCGAAGUCAGCUCUACUAAUGCAUCUUUGCCACAUGGUAACUACAUCCUCUGAAAACAGCAGAGUUUUAAGACUGAACUUUUUGUCUGAGUCAUGGAGAAAUUGGACCAAAGCCUCAAACCUGCCAAUCCAGAAGGACAUUCCGGUCACUUGUUGACAACUUCCUGCCUCUUGUGCCUUCCCGACUCUGCCUCAAAUCCACUUUGGCUGGAAAACAUUGUUGUAAAUCUUUGUAUUUUAAACAUGUAUUUUUAUUAAUGCCAUUAAACAUAUUGAGGAGAAAA